CUCUGGGCUGCACAGCUCACGCCUUCCUGUUAGUCGGAGCUGGGAGAAGUUCACUAGGAUCAGCUGAUCCCAACUGACAUCAGGAAAGGAGGAAGCCCGGGAGGCGACGAAGGAGGAGAGGACAGAGAUGGAGACGAGGAUGGGUUCGCCAGUGUCCUGAGGGUCAGCCUUUGCCCCCACAGCCGUCUCGCGAACCCCCAAUGCCGCCUUGCGGCGGCCGCGCUGCUCUGUGGUGUCCCUGAAAUACUGACUUGAAUUACUCUGAAAAGAUCCUGACCACUUUGUCAUUACCAAAACUUUGUGGCUGAGGCCCAGAAAGUGAGCCUGUAACACAUUACACUUUUCUCAGAUUGUCAUCAAAGACCUUUUCAAAUUCAUUUUGACUAUAUCUUUGCCUGCACUUUACCGAAGAUGAAACCAUCAAACCAAAUCAACGUUGCUGCUGAUACAAGAGUUUGGGAAGCAGAAAAUUAAAAAUCUGAAUAUUUGUGAAUGUGUAAAGAAUUAUAAUAGGACAGUUUUUCUUUUCCAAGGUGUUCAGAUCCCUGUGGAAGGUUUGUGUGGUCUUUGGACUCAAAGCCAUUUUCUCCAUUCUUUGGGAGAGCUCCUUGACUCUUACAUGGUGGGUGUGUUUCCUUACCAGUGUGAGUUAUGAGUGCCCAGACAUCCCUAACAGAGAAGGGCCUGAAUCCAGGGCUGAUGUGCCAGGAAAGUUAUGCGUGCGGUGGGACUGACGAAGCUGUGUUUGAGUGUGAUGAGUGCUGCAGUUUGCAGUGUCUCCGCUGCGAGGAGGAACUCCAUCGACAGGAACGCCUGCGAAACCAUGAGCGGAUAAGACUCAAAGCUGGCCAUGUCCCUUACUGUGACAUCUGCAAGAGUCCCAACGGGCAUUCUCCAGGAGUUAGGCAGAGGGCAUUGGUGAGGUGCCAGAGUUGCAAAAACAACCUGUGCCUAGAAUGCCAGAAGAGAACUCAUUCUGGGAGCAACAAGAGGAGACACCCCAUUACCCUGUACAAUGUCAGUAAGAUCCAGGACUCCCUGGAUGGGGAAGAGAUGGAUGAGGAGACCAAGUGGAAGAAAAUGACUGAGAAAGUUGUGAGUUUCCUCCUAGUAGAUGAAAAUGAAGAGAUUCAGGUAACAAAUGAAGAUGACUUUAUUAGGAAAUUGAACUGUAAACCCGAUCAGCAUCUGAAGGUGGUUUCCAUUUUUGGAAAUACUGGUGAUGGAAAGUCUCAUACCCUCAACCACACUUUCUUUUAUGGCCAUGAAGUCUUCAAAACCUCCCCUGCCCAGGAGUCCUGCACAGUGGGUGUGUGGGCAGCCUAUGACCCAGUCCACAGAGUAACAGUGAUAGACACAGAAGGGCUCUUGGGGGCUACCGUGAAUCUAAGCCAGAGAACUCGGCUGCUACUUAAGGUCCUGGCCAUUUCAGACAUCAUCAUCUAUCGAACUCAUGCAGAUCGACUUCAUAAUGACCUCUUCAAAUUCCUUGGAGAUGCCUCGGAAGCUUAUCUGAAGCACUUCACCAAGGAGCUUAAGGCUACCACUGCCCGCUGUGGCCUGGAUGUCCCCUUAUCUACUCUGGGCCCUGCAGUUAUUAUUUUCCAUGAGACUGUGCACACUCAACUACUGGGCUCUGAUCACCCCUCCGAUGUGCCAGAGAAACUCAUCCAGGACCGGUUCAGGAAGCUAGGCCGCUUCCCUGAAGCCUUUAGUUCCAUUCACUACAAAGGAACCAGGACUUACAACCCCCCUACAGACUUCUCUGGGCUCCGGCUUGCUUUGGAGCAGCAGCUAGAGAACAAUACCACCCGUUCUCCCCGGCAUCCAGGGGUCAUCUUCAAAGCCCUGAAGGCACUGAGCGACCGCUUCAGUGGGGAAAUUCCUGAUGACCAGAUGGCACACACCUCCUUUUUCCCAGAUGAGUACUUCACCUGCUCUUCCGUGUGCCUCAGCUGUGGGGUUGGAUGUAAGAACAGUAUGAACCAUGCGAAGGAAGGAGUGCCUCACGAAGCCAAGAGCCGAUGCAGUUACUCCCACCAGUACGACAACCGAGUUUAUACCUGCAAGGCCUGCUAUGAGAGAGGCAAGGAAGUCAGCGUAGUACCCAAAACAUCUGCUUCCACCGACUCUCCUUGGAUGGGUCUUGCAAAAUAUGCCUGGUCUGGGUACGUGAUUGAAUGUCCUAACUGUGGUGUGGUCUAUCGGAGCCGGCAGUACUGGUUUGGGAACCAAGAUCCUGUGGAUACAGUGGUGCGGACAGAGAUUGUGCAUGUGUGGCCUGGAACUGAUGGGUUUCUGAAGGACAACAACAAUGCUGCCCAGCGCCUGUUGGACGGGAUGAACUUCAUGGCUCAGUCAGUAUCCGAGCUUAGCCUUGGGCCCACCAAGGCUGUGACUUCCUGGCUGACAGACCAGAUCGCCCCUGCCUACUGGAGGCCCAACUCCCAGAUCCUGAACUGCAACAAGUGUGCGACAUCCUUUAAAGAGAAUGACACUAAGCAUCACUGUCGGGCCUGUGGAGAGGGCUUUUGUGACAGCUGUUCAUCUAAGACCCGGCCAGUGCCUGAGCGCGGCUGGGGACCUGCGCCCGUGCGGGUGUGUGACAACUGCUAUGACACCAGGAAUGCCCAGUUAGAUAUUACUGAGGCACAGGCAGAAGAUGAAGGUGGAACGCUCAUUGCUCGGAAGGUGGGCGAGGCUGUGCAGAACACCUUGGGAGCCGUGGUGACAGCCAUUGACAUACCACUAGGCCUGGUGAAGGAUGCAGCCAGGCCAGCGUACUGGGUGCCUGACCACGAAAUCCUGCACUGCCACAACUGCCGCAAGGAGUUCAGUGUCAAACUCUCCAAGCACCACUGCAGAGCCUGUGGCCAGGGCUUCUGUGACGAGUGCUCCCACGACCGCCGAGCUGUCCCUUCUCGAGGCUGGGACCAUCCAGUUCGAGUCUGCUUCAAUUGCAAUAAAAAACCCGGUGACCUUUAGCCCCAGCUCCCUCCAGAAGUCCUUCACAAUUCCUUAGGUUCUCAGGGUUAGAAACUGGAGUCUCAUUGAGAUAGGCUCUCCUCCCGGUCACCUGUGGUGUGUCCUCUCCUCCUCUUGUCCUGGGCCCACUUUCCUCAGGUGGGGGUGAGCCUGGCGGCAGGCAUGAAGGCGUAACCCUCAGGGCAGGGGGUGGACCAAGUAGCUCUCAGCAAAGGGGAAUGAACCUGAAUGCAUUGCAUAUGUAUCAGUUAAAAAUAAUUUUUAAAAAAUCUAUCUCCAUUAUACAUAUGAAAGGAAUUUGGAAUAUACUGAGGUUGCUGCUGGCUGCCAGUACUCACCCUGGUGUGUCCCCAGCAUAGAGAUAAGGACAUCUCCACAAAAGGAAGCCAGUUGCAUAGCUCUCGUGUUUGCUGGUCACCUUUUGCUGCUUCUCUCUGAGCCUAGGCAGCCUCCCUUCCCCACCUUUUCCCCUCCCACCCCUCUUCUCCUGGAGCUGAGAGCUGUACCCUUCUUGCUAUUUCUAUGUGGUGAAGCAGCUCAAAGGGAAUUCCACUUGGGCCCUUGGGGGAGUUGGAUCCCAGUUCUUGGUUUAAUCUUGUUUUAGUCAGAGACCACCCAGCUUAGUGUGCAGAGCACUGGAGGGUGCUGAGGGUCAGAAGUUGGGUCUUCAGCCCUGAGAAGUGAAAAUGCAGUGGCUGCAUUGUCCCUCAUGGAGAGUAUGGAAGGAACUGGGCUUCUCAGCAGCAUUUCCUGCUUGUUGAUGCUUCUCUCUCCAGGAGGCCUCCCUAGAAGGCUGCACCCUGCUUCUAAAUUAAAGCACCUCCACCCUCCCCUGCCUCCAGCUCAUGAUCUGCUUCUGGGUGUCACAUUAGGGUUUGUUUUGCUUAGUGUCUUCUUUGUUCCAAGACACACAACCUCUCUAGCUAUUGGACCGGUGAUCGUGAGAAAUCGUCCAGGGGAACAGAGCACAGAAUGGACUGUCAGUUGUUUUUGUAAGUGUAUAUAAAUAUUUCGACAGAUCAUAAAGAAAAAAUUCUAUCUCUUUGGUCCUUGUGGAGAAGUCAGAUGAAUGUUUCUCAUCUAGAGCUUGGAUAUCCAUAUUUGUCAUGACUGGAAAGACUUGUGCUGAAAUUCUGUCAUCAGGGUGUUUAUCUCAAAUGGCCAAAAAAAGAAGUAAAGUAACAUAGUUCUUGACUGAGCUGGUGGGCUGAGUUUUGGGGAGGUGCAUGGGUGGCCGUGCCUGGCAUGAGUAUCUGUGUGAAGUGUACCCUGUAGUGGGUUGGUCCCUCACAGGCCACCUUCCUGCCUCCCGUGGCCCAGCAACUGAGGCCCUGCUCUAGAACUGUGUAUUUUCAAAUUCGCCAUCAUAAAGGAAUCUUCCUGCUGAA